GGUGGAAUAUUCUAGCGGAUUCGUCUGUGGAGCUUUAAAAGCAGGCGCGCUCAGACGCAAAGUGAGAUACUAUUAACAGGAGAACCAUUUUUGGAAUGCGAUAAACAGCCACUUUGUACACAUGAAGAAGUAACUGUUACAGAAGAGAGAUUUAUUUAAUACGAUUAUUUAGUUCCAUUCAAGACGUGUCAAUCAUUUGAACUAUUUCAGCAGCAUCUUUAGGUCAUUCCAGACGAACAUACCCCAUCAGACGUGACGAUGGAUUUCAUCACGAUACCCAAACCAAAAAAAAACACUAAAUGCGUCGCUCAGUUAUGUAUAAAGUCAUUGUGGAAAGCUCAGCCACCAGUUUAUUCUGGCAAAAACUGCUGUACUGUGAGCAGACUGACACAGAGAGAACCAUGAUUCUGCUGACUCCAUCCUCUGAUGAAGAGUCUGUUGAACUCGACUGGCUUUGGAAUCACACGAAGUUCUGUGUGCAAAACAGAAUAGUAGGAACAUGACUUUAACCCUUUUUCACGUACAGACGUUAGUUUGUUAGACUCUUUUCUUUUCUUUUUUUUAAGUUGCUAUGGUAAGCUUUUUAUUCAUGUUUAUUUUAUUUAGUGCUAUGUGUGUCUUUGUCUGCGAAGACAACCUCUUUGCUACUUUUAUCACUUCAGUUUAUUAACUUCUGUGUGAAAUCUAAACUCCCUAGCAGAGCCACAGACACGCAAGAACAAAGAUCCCUUUGUUUGCCUUAAUUAAAAACCCUCACAGCAUUGCAAGGAACAAAACCAGUUCUGGCCAUAGUGAAGCAGCUUGCAUCAUUAGACCUUCCAGCUUGCUAAUGGAAUAGUCUAUCGAAUGGUGGGUCUCCAAUAAACGUACAUACUGCUUGGUAAGUGCUACUACUUUUUAUUAGCUACAUGAAUCACUUUUGUAUAGGUUUGUAAAUAAUGUACAAUUUGUAUAUUAAAAAUGACGUUUCUUUGCAAAUGUUCAUUCUUUGAUAACGAAAUACAUGAUUUAAUACUGUGUGCUUCAAAAAAUGAUAAUUGUUACAAUCUAAACCACUUGUAUAUGUAUUUAGGUAAUACCAUAUACUCAAUAUGCUGGUUACAAGUACUACUGUAGGUUGAAUGCUGUAGGGUGGGUGCAUGGGGCUUUACUUGGGCCUUUAAUUUUACUCAUCUUUUUUCCAUAUCUUGGUACAACUGCUGAUUGCUGUCCUGGUGUUGAGGGGCCACAUAAGUAGAAAGUCAUAUGAGCCAAACAAGUUAAAUCUGAUCAUUUGCAACAACAAAAAAUUGUUAUAGCAAUGAUUAUUUUGCGUAUUUGGUUUGUUUGACAUCCAUUUAAACAGGAUAGCACUUUUGGCAUACUGUACAGCAGUAUAAGUAUGGCCAUCAGAUAUGAUAUGGUCCUAUCAUAUCUGUAGUGUUUUAGCAACAAUCCUCUUCAGAGCAGCUAAGUGAACCUAAAAUAGACCAAUAGCUAAUAGCAAUCACUAUCCUCACUGUUCUCAGGUUUCUUCCAGCACACCAAUAAGCUCUUUCUGAGCGAGCAGGCCACUGGUGUCCAGCUCAAGGAGUUUGUACGCAAAAAUGCAGCCAAUGCUCUGUCUAUGGCCAACAUGCUUAUGGGCAUGGCCUCUAUUCUCUGCAGCCUGAACGGCCACCAACAUGCUGCCUGCUGGCUGGUCCUGAUUGGCUACCUGCUGGAUUUGGCAGACGGGGCAGUUGCCAGGCGACUGGAUGCAUGCUCUGCACUAGUCACGUCUACACUACCGUGGUCGCCACUGCUGCCUGAAAUAGCUCCCAGCAGGUGCACCACAAUGCGUCGUCACCCGGACAUUUCAAGGGCUUUGGCUUUGUGUCCCGACAGUAUUUUUCUGCAUGACUUUGCAGGUGCUAAACUGGAUGAUUUUGCAGAUUUCACAACCUUUGGGAUUGCAACUUCAUUGCUCCUGAGGACACAUGCCUUAAUGGACAACAUCCUGUGCAUGUGCUAUGUCCUGUCUGUGAUUGUCCGACUCUGCUUCUUCUCCAGCGGCAUCCCCUUCAUGUACCGUGGUCUGCCAUGUAUCUACUCUUCUGCCAUCCUGGCCUGUCUCUCCCUGCUGACCGGAGGUAACAUGGUGAUCCUGCGGGUCACUGCUGUGGCUAUGAUCCUCUUCAUGGUCAACCAGGGAUUCUACCCUCACGACAGGGUCCUGGAGUCACAGGCCUGGAAGAAGGUGGUCUACGCUGGAGGAGUUGUCAUGGUGUUCUGUUCCUCUUUCCCUCCGGCAUGUGUAUACUACCUGUUGUGGUCUGUGUCCUACAUUUUGUUCCCAACAACACUAUGGAGCUGCAAAGUGUAGUAGGCAUUAAAGGCCUUGCUACAAAUUCACACUCGCACAUGGCUUGUCAACAGGCUGUUCAGUGGGGUUAACUAAAGCGCCCAGACUGCUGCUGCUAGCUAUCCACAGCGGAUCGAAACAGGAUGUAAGAGGACGUUGUAAUGUUUUUGUAAGAUUGAACUGCCUUUUUCAUCAUGAACACUUGAUGGAUAAUGUACUGUACCUUAGCCAUUUUGUUUUUGAAUAAGAUAGGGUUUGGGUAUCUGUAGCUAUUAUGUUUGUACAAUACAACUGCAGAGUUGCACUGUCUAGUGUGUGUACUGUAUCAUCCUUAUGCACAAAUUGUGCUUGAGAUUACUACAACAAUAAUACAAACAAGUAUUUUCAGUCAUUAAUAAAGUCAUUGAGAAAGUUUUUACUGUAAAGAAUAAGAAAAUGUCAACAGUUUUUGCAGUUUAAAAAAAAACAUGGCCCCUUUUUUUUUUUUUACUGAACAUGCUAGAUUCAAACAUAUGGCAUGCUCUCAAUUUGUAAGAUAUUUGUAAUAAAAAUGUUUCAUUAUAUUGCAGAUACAAACGAAGUCCAUUAUAUCAUGUUUUUUUAAUUAUGGAAGACACUACCAUCUCGAUCUUAUGUUUUACUGUACUUAAAAUAACUAUCAAAGUGAUUGUGCAUAAUGAAUUGUGUGUGGAUAUGGGAUUGUUGAGAAAUAUAUAUUUUUUUAUUUUCCCAUCAACACCAAAUUUGUUGUUUUUGAGCAUCAACUGCAUUCUUUAAUUGGAAUAGUAUUUUUUUUCUUUAAAAUGUUCAAGCCAUUUUGAGACAAGAUUAGUUUGCUUUUAUUGCAAGCAAAAUGUAAUCGUGCUUUAAUUUAAUAGUGUUUACAUUCCCACCAGAUAUACAGUGCCCUCUGUAAUUAUUGGGACAAUUAAGCAUAUCUUCUUCUUUUGGCUCUAUACUUAGUUUGGAUUUGAACUCAAACAAUGACUACGAGGUUAAAGUGCACACUGUCAGCUUUCAUGUGAAGGUAUUUCAUCCAUACUGGGUGAACUGUUUAGAAAUUACAUCACUUUUUCAACAACAAAACAAAUUCCCUUGUGUAGUAAAACGUUACAUUUUUGGUCCCAUAUUCAUAGCACGCAAUGAUUACAUCAAGCUUUUGACUCUAAAAAAUGUUGGAUGCAUUUGCUGUUUGUUUUGGUUGUUUCAUAGGGUUUUGUGCCCAAUAGAAAUGAAUGAUACAUGAUGUAUUGUGUCAUUGGAGUCAAUUUUACUGUGAAUAUAAAUGUUUCUAAGCACUUGGUAGAAUGCAUUGUAGCAUAGAUUGUGAAUGCUAUCACAGAUAAUCCUGGAUGAGUCGUGCAUAAAAAUGAUAACUGUCCCUGUUAUUGUAAUGGUGAAAGGUUAGCAUGUCUUGGGGGGGUCUGAUACUUUUUCACUCAUUAUUCAUGAUUAAUUCCGGAUUAUCUGUAAUCGUGGUAGCAUCCACAUAUACAUAUAGAAGUGUUUAGAAACAUAUU